GGCGGAGUCACGUGACCGCGCUCCCUGGUUCCAAGAUGGAGACUGUUGUGUGAUGUGCCACUUUCGCUUUUUAGCUUACCUGCUUUUCACAAUUAUUAUAUCACCAUGGCGAACAAGGACCUUUAACUAACUCUCAGUUACUUCUUUACUUGUGACCACCCCCACCCCCGAAAAAGUGAACAGGUGUCGCCCUUGAAAAAUAUUGAAGAGAAGUUCGCUAAAGGAGGAGAAGUGGGGGAAAAACAAAAGUGCCAAUGAAGAUCAAGUCAAUGUAAACCAGGAAGCAGCCAUGGCGUUAAGAGAGUUAAAAGUUUGUCUUCUGGGGGAAACUGGUGUUGGCAAGUCAAGUAUCGUCUGGAGAUUUGUGGAGGACAGCUUUGAUCCAAACAUCAACCCAACUAUUGGAGCAUCUUUUAUGACCAAGACGGUGCAAUACCAAAACGAGCUGCACAAGUUCCUCAUUUGGGACACGGCAGGACAGGAGCGGUUUCGAGCUCUGGCACCAAUGUACUACAGAGGCUCCGCAGCGGCCAUCAUUGUUUAUGACAUCACUAAAGAGGAGUCCUUCCAAACUUUGAAAAACUGGGUGAAGGAGCUGCGUCAGCAUGGCCCUCCCAAUAUCGUGGUGGCGGUCGCUGGCAACAAAUGUGAUCUGUCAGACGCCAGGGAAGUCUUGGAGAAGGACGCCAAAGACUACGCUGACUCCAUCCAUGCCAUAUUUGUCGAGACCAGUGCCAAGAACGCCAUUAACAUCAAUGAGGUGUUUAUAGAGAUCAGUAAGCGCAUCCCCGUCACAGAUGCGGCCGGGGGAACAUCGGGAAAAGGUUUCAAACUGGGGCGGCAAGAGUCAGAGUCUCGCAGGACAUGCUGCUGAUGAUGCCGGUGACUAUUUGUAACGUUUUCCUCAUUCUUCCAUUGUACUGCGACAUAAACAAUGCUCACAAUAUGGAUUUUGGAAGUGACAGACAAAAGCCUACAAAUAACCACGCUGGUGUCGCAAUUCUGUCAUCUCCCACCCAUAAGGCAUGUGAGAGUGAUUACUUUUGAUAUUUGCUUAAAUUAUUGGCUUUAAUUAUUUUUUCUCACCAUCAAGAAAUAGACAUCCCUGACAUCUGUGCAAACCGUAAUUUUGUAUGAUCCAUUCUUCACGUUGGAAAAAGUGCAUGUCAACUGCAAAUUUCGAAAUUGAUAAACGAUGUCAACUGAAUUUGACAUUCUCUGAACUUUUGAAUACAUGUCCGCUUGUUCAAUGUUGCAACACCUUUUGCACAGCUUGCUGUUGUCUAACAAAGUGUUUCCAGUACAUUUGUCGGUUCAAUUAAAAUUUGUUUUUAAGCCGUCCUCUUGAUCAUGCUGAUGACAUUUUCACAUCAUGAGACCAAGAUGACAUCUUACUACUGAAAAACGGUAACUCGCAAUUCAAGGCUUCAAUCACGAUGUUAUCAGAGGGAAGUGGCCUCUGGUGUUUGACUUACUAAUACAGAGUCCCUGGAAGAGUCACGGAAAGGCAUGGAAGUGAUAAUGUAUUGGUCAUUUCAUGGCACUUAUUCAGAAUUUUGUUGUUCAGGUCCUUGUUUGAGAACAGCAACUUGUGCAAAAAGUACUUAAAAACUUAAGCAUUUCAAAAGGUUAGAGAAGGCCAAAUAAAGUUCACCUUUAAAGGUUAUGGUGUGUUUUAGGUCCAUCUUGAAAUGUCACCCAAAAAUUCAAUAUCCCGAACUUUUUGUGAUUUGUGUAUUUUGCAUAGUUCAUGUCAGCUUGUAGUCUUUCCAACUUGACUUUGCUGAUACUUAAAGCAACACACCACUGAAAAUGCAUUGUCCUUUAUUCGAUUAGGCAGCAGUGUGUAUAAACAUCCAUCCAUCCAUCCAUUUUCCGAUCCGCUUUAUCCUCACAAGGUUCGCGGGGGGCGCUGGAGCCUAGCCCGGCCGUCUUCGGGCAGUAGGCGGGGGACACCCUGAAUCGGUUGCCAGCCAAUUGCAGGGCAUGUAUAAAAAUUAAUAGUGCAAAUAUCAAUAACAUCUUCUUCCCUGAAAAAAAGGGUAAACCAAUCAAGUGUCAAAAUACUGAAAUCCCCUGCACAGAGCCAUAUUGACCCAUUUUGAACAGUUCACAUAUUCAUGUGACGCAAAGCGUGCUAUAACAUGGCACUGUUCAGUUUUAACUUGUUUCCCGGUCUAUUUUGCCAUAAAAAGCGUUCCGUCUGAAAAAUGUGAUGGAUCUUCCCCAAUACAUAUGUGCACAUGUAUUAUUGUGCCCAAGUUGUAUUCAGAAAUAAUCAAUCAAAAGGAUCAAUAUUUUGUCAGAAGUGUUACCUACUCACAUACCUCCUUACAGAACAAACGUUGUCAUUAAUGUACAAACACCGUGAUCGAUUGUCACCAAAAUGUAUUCGCAAAUAAUAUGCAUUCCUGCUUCAUAUUUAGAAAAUGCCCGAAUAUUGUGGAUUUUAUAGAGAUUGUAAGGUGUUGCUUGUGAAGAAAGCAAUGUUGGGAGCCGGCUCUCAUCUGUAAAAAAAAUAA